AGGGUUAGUUCCUUUGGCAUUUCUAGCUUAGCUUCAGGCUUCAAGAUUCAAGCUUUUCAGCUUUCAAAGGAGAGGAGAGGGUAGGGGGGCUUCGAACUUUUGAAAGGGUCUCCGAAAUUAGGGUUCUGCUGAGGAACAAAUCGGAACUGAAAAUGGGGAGUCAUGGAGAGAGCGUGGCGUGCGAUUUCUGCAGUGAGCAGCUUGCGGUUCUUUACUGUAGGGCGGACUCCGCCAAGCUCUGCUUGUUCUGCGACCAGCACGUGCACUCGGCGAACCUGCUGUCCCGGAAGCACCUGCGCUCCCAGAUCUGCGAUAACUGCUGCUCGGAGCCGGUCUCUGUCCGGUGCGACACCGACAAUCUGGUGCUGUGCCAGGAGUGCGAUUGGGAUGCCCACGGUAGCUGUUCGGUGUCGGCCUCUCACGAUCGAAACCCGGUCGAAGGGUUCUCGGGGUGCCCCUCCGCCCUCGAGCUCGCUUCCCUCUGGGGCAUCGAACUUGACGAGAAGAAGAUGAAUCCGUCGGCGACGUCGAUUCAGAACCGGACGAUUAGUGCUUUGGACGACUCGUCGUCGUGGGUGUUCGAUAAAUCAAGCGCCGGAGUGGUGUGUUUUCAGGACUUAAUUGUACCGAGCGAGAACGCCAUUGUCGGCGUGAAUGGCUGUGGGAUCUUGACGAUGUCGAAGAAACAGGGUGGUCCGAGCUGUGGGAAGCGGAGGCAGGUGAUGUAUAAGCAGCUGGUGGAGAUUUUCAAGAGGGAUUUGGCGGCGGAAUUGCCGAGAGGGAGUGGUGGUUGGCAGGGAAUGAGUGUGGAGGGACUAGCAGAAUUGGGAAAUGGCAGGGAUGGGGUUGAUGGGUUUGUGGGUGAGAGUUGUGUUGCUCUACAGCAGCAGCAGCAACAAAAACAACAUCAACUACCACAAGCGCCCCUUACGGCUUUGCUUACGAUGGAUUUGAAGGAGAACAACCGUACUGUUGAUGGGGAUAUGUUGUGGGACACUCAUCCCAGUGGUCAUAGAACGCAGAUAUGGGAUUUUAAACUUGGACGAUUGAGGGAACAUGAAGAAACGGGUACAAUGGAAGUUGCAUAUGAUGCAGGAUUUAUGAUAAAAAAUUUUGGGGAACUAAUGGAGGGAACAUCUAUGAGUAAUACAAAAUUGAUGGGAGAUAUGUACCGGAUGAAUUGCCCUGUUGGACGUGAUGAUAUUGCGUUUAACAAUAACUCAAAUAACCCAUCAGCCAGCCAGGGGCCAGCAACAUCUGAGAGCAACAAUAGACAUAUGGGAAGACCGUUGUCAGGUUCAGCAUUUGGUAAAGGAGGUUCUGGUGGCUCUAAAGAUGUCCCACAUCUGGAACAAUCGUUUUUUAUGAGAGGUGACAGUGUGGGAACAGCGGCAACAACCAAGGCCGACAUGGAGCAACUGGCACAGAAUAGAGGCAAUGCCAUGCAACGUUACAAGGAGAAGAAGAAAACUCGAAGAUAUGAUAAGCACAUAAGGUACGAGUCAAGGAAAGCAAGAGCUGAUACUAGGAAGCGAGUCAAGGGUCGAUUUGUGAAGGCUAGUGAAACAACUGAUGGUUAAAUUCAUGCUAAGAUGAGCUUCUCCUUUCGUACUGUCUGUAAAUAUCUCACAUUCUUCCCAUAGUAAAUGUAUAAUUCUGCAGUCUGUCUGGUUAUCUGCAUUAA